AUGGCACUCGUUUUCAGGAAACUCAACAAGCGAGAAAAAUACUGCAAGACCAUCUACAGUGGCUUCCUCUCACUGACCGAAUGUUACCAAUCGUUCGACUCGAUUCGAAACCGACCUUGGGACGAUGAAGACCCCCUCAACUUUUUCGGCUCUGCUGACUGGAUAGGAGGCUUCAGAAUCGUCAAUGGUACAAACACGUUGAACGGCUCCGUCACUGAUAGCUCAGAUCAAUCUCCGAUACAGGUUUUGCCGCCAUUCAAGCUCUGGCAGACUAUCCUGAUCGCCAUCAGUUUAGGACUCUGCAUCAUUCUCACGGUAUCAGGCAAUAUUUUGGUUUUACUAGCUUUCAUUGUGGACAGAAAUAUUAGACAACCCAGCAAUUACUUCAUUGCGUCUCUCGCUGCUACCGAUAUGCUGAUUGGAACAGUUUCGAUGCCAUUUUACACAGUCUACGUCCUGAUGGGAUACUGGAAUUUGGGACCUCUCCUCUGCGAUCUUUGGCUUUCCGUUGACUAUACCGUAUGUCUCGUCUCCCAGUACACAGUUCUACUGAUCACCAUAGACCGGUUUUGUUCAGUGAAGAUAGCGGCAAAAUAUCGGAGCUGGAGGACAAAGCAGAGGGUCAUAUGGAUGGUUACCAUCACGUGGAUAAUUCCCACUUUGCUCUUCUUCAUUAGUAUUUUCGGUUGGGAACAUUUCACGGGGUACAGAGAUCUACAACCAGGAGAGUGUGCCGUACAGUUUUUGAAAGAACCUGUCUUCAAUACUGCACUGAUCAUCUCCUACUACUGGACUACGCUUGUGGUGUUAUUCAUUUUGUAUGGAGGUAUAUACAAAACCGCUUUCGACAUGCAGAAAAAAAGCGAAGCAAAGCAGAGAAAGAUGCAGUCAAUGGUAGCACUGAGUGCCGGCGCCAUGAGCGGUAUGGCGGGCAGGGCAGCAGGCAUAGGCCUGUCGAAAACUCAAAAUAGCUCAACUAGUCAAGAAAAGCCCCUUCCACUGGCAAAUGCUUCUCUAGUGAACGAGAAGCAGCUGGAAAAUAAUGCGUUGACCGUCUUGGAGGCUUACCAAGCGGGCGGUUCUGCGGAUUCCAACUCCAGUACAACCACGAACAGUACCACCACCACUACUACAACCACGACGACAGCGACGUCUUGUGAGAAAAAGAAUCUGUGUCUGCCGAAAGAAAAACAGGUUCAAGAUGCUGAUAAAUCUGAGAGGUCCAGCAGUCCAGCCUUCGAAUCAGAUGAAGAUAGCACUGCACCUGUGAAUGAUAAAGAGAAAUCUCAAACCUUAGCGACGAAAAAGAGGACCUCCAUAGUAGGGAUUGUCAUGCAGUCUAGCGCUCCACUUCAUGUGUUCAGCAACAGCAAUAGAAUUAAUGGUGAUAUAGCUCAGGCAAAAGGAAUGGUCCAGAAUUCAGAUGUAACAACUAGAUCGAUUCCAGAGAAAACCACCCUACUGAGAAUAGCGGAAAAAGAUCCACCAACCGUCGACAGACCCAAACAAAAACCUCCAGUGGUAGGUGAUAAACCCUCGUAUGACCAACCCUUCAUUGUAAAUAGCAAAAGUUACGACAGUACCUUGCAACCCUUUGUAGAUAGUAAGAAACCCAAUAGCUUAAAACUGAAAACCCAAUCAACCUACGACCUGUUGCUUGGCCUCGACGGGGCAGACCUCAGAUUCAUGGAUGAAAGCUCAAUUGUGAUACCCUCCCCCACCCUAGAAAACCAUCCCCCAAAUAACUCUCCGAAUAUCCUGCAGGGUGAACUGAAACUGCAGACCGAAGUGACGAUUAGUUCGAACAGACCGAUCACUUCGGUGGUUAAUGACGCAGACCAGAAAGGCAUGGAGACGGAGGAAAGUUCUCCCGGUGGGGGCAUAUCAGCCAUCAGCCAGACAGGUAAAAAUCCCCCCUUCCAUCCAGAUAACAACUUUUGUAACUCCAGUAAAGCGAGAUUUUGUACAGCAGAUUCUACGGACAACACCAAAAGGGUGUUCGUCAAGUCGAUAGGGAAGAGACUGAAGGGGAAGAAGACAGCUCUUGGGCCUCUAGGCUUCGGCCGACAAAAGUCCAAGUCUGAAAACCGGGCGAGAAAAGCUCUCAGGACGAUAUCCUUCAUUUUGGGGGCUUUCGUCGUUUGUUGGACGCCAUAUCAUAUUUUCGCACUAGUUGAAGGGUUUUGUACUGAACCUCCCUGUAUAAAUGGUCACAUUUAUAUGUUUUCUUACUUCUUGUGCUAUGCCAAUAGCCCCAUGAAUCCGUUUUGUUACGCUUUGGCUAAUCAGCAGUUUAAGAAAACUUUCACUAGGAUUUUGAAAGGGGACUUCCAUAUGACAUAGGCGAUAAAUUUUCUCCGUUUUAUUUUCCAAAAAGUAGGUGCUAGGCUAUUAAUGUCAUAUCGCUUAAUGUGUAUGUUUAUUUGUACUGAGAUUUUAGAACUAAAUAAACACCCGGUAGAUGUUUUCGUCUAUGACGAAGAAUUUGCUAAAAGACCUAGUGCCUACGUCGAUUAGAAAAUAUUGCAUAUAUUGAAAUAUAUACAUAGUAUGUGGUUUGUACAAGCUAUAUAAAAUUAUAAGUCCUGGUUCAAAUUGAAUUUUCUGUAUAUCAGACCUACCGAAACAAUAUAAGGGGUACUAUAUGAAAGACCAAAAUUGAUUCAAAAGCAAAUUGACUGAUAAAUACACAGGGUGCUACAAAGCGUUAGGUAUAUGGAAAUCUCAAUCAUUCUUUUAGGCAAAUAUUACUGGAGUUUUUUCCCAACACCAAACCGUUUCAACACCUCGCGACACGUGU